AUGGUGAAAGAAGAAAUCAAGAUUCUGGUUCUCAUAAUCGGUGCAGGACCAGCCGGUUUAGCCACAUCAGCUUGUCUAAACCGGUUGAACAUACCGAACAUAGUGGUCGAAAGAGAAGAUUGCAGUGCCUCUCUCUGGAAAACAAGGUCUUACGAUCGUCUUAGUCUUCACCUCGCAAAGCAAUUCUGUCAACUCCCUCACAUGCCAUUCCCUUCAAACGCUCCUACAUUCGUCUCCAAGCUAGGUUUCAUCAGUUACCUUGACGAAUACGCCACACGUUUCAACGUAAACCCUAGGUAUAACCGGAACGUGAAAUCCGCGCACUUCAAAGAUAGUCGAUGGAUCGUUGAGGUGGAUAAUGAAAAAGAUAUGUCGAGAGAAGUUUAUUCGGCGAAGUAUGUGGUGGCUGCGACGGGAGAGAACGGCGAAGGUGUGAUCCCGGAGAUUCCGGGGCUUGUAGAGAGGUUUAAAGGAGAGUAUUUGCAUUCAAGUGAAUACAAGAACGGUGAUAAGUUCGCCGGAAAAGAUGUUUUAGUCGUCGGAUGUGGUAAUUCCGGUAUGGAGAUUGCUUAUGAACUGUCUAAGUGCAGCGCUAAGGUCUCCAUCGUUGCUCGUAGCCCCGUGCACGUGUUGACGAGAUCUAUCGUACGGAUAGGAAUGUCGUUGCUCAGUUUUUUCCCGGUAAAAUUAGUUGACCGUUUGUGUCUCUUACUCGCGGAGGUGAGGUUUGGUAAUACUUCGAGAUAUGGGCUUGUGAGACCCAAGAACGGCCCGUUUAUGAACAAGCUUAUCACCGGUCGGUCACCUACCAUCGACGUCGGCUGCGUGGGAGAGAUUAAGUCCGGCAAGGUUCAGGUUGUGCCGUCUAUAAAGCGUAUAGAAGGGAAGAGAGUGGAGUUUGUAGAUGGAAAGACCAAACACAUAGACUCUAUUGUGUUCGCAACUGGUUACAAAAGCAGCGUUUCGAAAUGGCUUCAGGUUGAUGAUGGAGAUCUGUUCAACGAGAAUGGGAUGCCAAAACGCGAGUUCCCGUGUCACUGGAAGGGGAACAACGGGUUGUACAGUGUUGGGUUUGGGAGACAAGGCUUGGCUGGUAUUUCAAGAGAUGCUCAGAACAUUGCUAUAGACAUUGCUUCUCUGGUUUAA